CUAGGCUGCGCUUCCAGGUUCAGUUUCAGGGGCUCGCCGGCAGCCCCGGCUGGCGCGCGCGCAGCUAGCGGCGGGCCGGGACGGCAGGGUCCUCUGGGGGCCCCGGAGUUGGGAGGCGGCGUCCGGGAGCCCCCGGAGGAGGAUGGGCUGCGGACACAGCAGGCUGAGCUGCUGCAAACCCCCCAAAAAGAGGCGCCAAGAACCAGAUCAGCCACCCAGACCAGAGCCACAGGAACUAGGUCCCCUCAAUGGAGAUACAGCCACCACUGUCCAGCUCUGUGCAUCUGAGGAGGCUGAGCAGCACCAGAAGGAAAUAGCCAGAAUUCUCCAGCAACAUGAAGAGGACAGGAAGAAUUGGGCACAACAGGUGGAGAAGGAGAGGGAGCUCGAGCUUCGAGAGAAACUGGACGAGCAGCGAAGAGUCUUGGAGGGAGAGCAUGAGCAGAGCCUGCAAGUCCUCCGGGCCUCCUAUGAGCAGGAGAAAGAAGCCCUUACUCACUCCUUCCACGAGGCCAAGGCGGCCCUGCAGGAGACCAUUGACGGACUGACCUCCCAGCUGGAGGCCUUCCAGGCCAAGAUGAAGAGAGUAGAGGAGUCCAUUCUGAGCCGAGACUAUAAGAAGCACAUCCAGGAUCAUGGGAGCCCCAGCCAGUUCUGGGAGCAGGAGCUGGAGAGCUUGCAUUUUGUCAUCGAGAUGAAGAACGAGCGUAUUCAUGAGCUAGACAAGCGGCUGAUCCUCAUGGAAACAGUGAAAGAAAAAAACCUGAUGUUGGAGGAGAAGAUCACCACCCUGCAACAGGAGAAUGAGGACCUCCACGUCCGGGGCCGCAAUCAGAUGGUUGUGUCAAGGCAGCUCUCGGAGGACCUGCUUCUCGCCCGCGAGGCCCUGGAGAAGGAGUCUCAGUUACGGCGACAGCUCCAGCAGGAGAAGGAGGAGCUGCUGUACCGGGUCCUUGGGGCUGAUGCCUCCCCCACCUUCCCCCUGGCCUCUGUCACCCCCACAGAGGUCUCCUUCCUUGCCACAUAGGCUCAGGGUCGAGGCCCACUGUGAUUGAUGCCUGUGGUCAAGCUCCCUCUCGAGGACUUUCCAGAGAAGACGCAGGAGCCUCUCCUUUACCCAGGAGGGGACGAGGGCAGGAGUGAGAUGGGGAGCCAGGGUGUGUGCCCACUGAGCCCUGGGGGCUCAGGCCGCGUAGAAUCACCCAGGGGGCUUUGGAGGCCCCCAGAAGCGCCUUCCCUUGAGUUGGCCCAGGGAACAAGCAAGAGGAGUCCUUUCCUCCCUCCCCCUUCCCUCCAUCCAAUUGGGGAAGUGUUGAGGCUUUUCCCAGGGGCAGCCUGUGCCACUUUGGCCAUCUGACAAAGAGGGGACAAUCCCCUGGUCCUAAUUUGUCAGCUGUGCUGCCAACUCACCAGCUGACUCAUCAACUUCCCUAGAUGUUCCCACUUCUGCCCUGGCCUUCUCUCUGCCUCAGUUUACCGCUCCUCUAAAAUGGUUGGGGGAACUGAACACUUGGUCAUUUCAGGGUCCCAUUCUAGGAUUGCCUGAAGGUCAGAGUAGGGGCUGGGGGACAAGGGAGGAAGUGGGCCAAACCCUGUGAAUCAAACUGGGAAAGGUAACGGGGUCACUGGAAGCCCUUGGAGCUGGCAGUGCCAGGGAGCCCACCCAGCCAAGGCAGGGGCUGGGCAGGCCGUUGGGCAUGCCCCUGCUGCCCAUCCCAGAGUCUGGUCAGUCCAGGGGUGACGGCCAGAGCUGCUCCUCCUUGACCAGACAGGGCUCACUCUCCAGCUCUCCUGAUCCCUCAGUCUCCGUGCCACCUCGUGGGUCUGAGUACUCACCAGCCAGAGCUGGACCAUCAUCCCUGUGCAGACGAGGAAACCCAGGUGGGAGGACGACCCGCAGAGCCAGGACUAGGACCUCAUCUGUCAUCCAGGUCUCAUCUUGCCCUGUUUUUCCUUUCUCCCAGGCUCUGGGAAGGUCAGACCUGUGACUUAGUCUUUUCCUCCUCCCUCUACCUGCCCCCCACCCACUUCCAGUCUCUCUUACUCCUGCUCUCCACCUUAAUUCCUUUUACCACCCCUGACCGUGGCCCAUAGAGCCCGGCCCUCAGCUUCCGCAUCAGUGCAAAGGGGUGGCUAGAGGAAGGCACCUCAGCAGGCCUGUCCAGCCCUGACUGUCCGUGGAUUUAAGAUUGUUCUCAGGAAGCUUUGGGUCAGCAGGAGACUAUAAUAGUAACCGCCCCACCCCCAGACCACCAACGCUCCCCAUCACCCCCCCACUCUGCACCCCACCCCUGCACAGAGCAUUUUAAUGCAGUGCUGUCACCUACACCGCCCUCCCCUGAUCUGCAUAAGAUCCUUGAAACAGGGUCUUAUCCCUCUUUAGCUAAGAUCAAAGGGCCUUGUCUGAGGUCCCCCAGCUGCAGGCCCUGGACCUGCACUCAGGAAGUCAGUCAUAGAACCGAGGUUUCCUCCGUCAUCCCAGACUGCCCUCUUCAUUCCCCCGAGUCCAGGUCUGGUCCUCAUCCAUUCCUAGUUCUAGGAGUUCAGAUGUGACUCUGACUCUCUGGCCCGGGGCAAACAGGUUAUCCAGGAGCCCUGGGGACAGCUCUGGAGUGAAGUGCACAUGUCCUUCUUCAUGCAACUUUUCCCAAAGCCUGUCUGGGACACACUGGUUCAUUGAACAUUAAUAAGCAUGACCAAGAAAAGAAUCAGUGGGCAAGUGAUUUGGGAAAUUCUAGGUUCAGUCAUGUUAAACAGAUCUGCAAAAUGCAGGCCUUCUCAGAAGCUUUAAUAAGCUCAUGUGCGCUGCAAAUCCCCAAGAAGGAAGCAAAGCGUCCAGCAAUUCCUAAACUUCUUUGACCAAGUUUCUACCCCAACUGGAGCCCUUGAAGCUGCAGAAUGCACUUUAGAAGGCAUUGUUUUAAUUGAGAGGGGCCAGGCUGGAGAAGGGGCAAUGGGGAGUGGGGUUUCCCUCGUGUAGCCUGUGGUGGAUAUGAGGAGAUAAACUGUGGUCACAGCCCCACCCUGGGGCAGACAAGACACGGAAACUAAAAUUAACACGCGGUAUCCUAUUUA